UUUUCAAAAGUUUGAAUUGUAUUUAUAUCAGCAGAUACAGGCCCAUGCAAACUGAUUUUUAGCGACACAUUCGAAGACAAAUUGUUCCUUUCUGAUACAUUGUGCUUCUAGGCUGAAUUUCGUGGCUUUACACCGGAACUGCGAUCGCCAUGACCAGCGCACAAGGAAGAACUAGCAUGAUCCCAUGCCAAGUAGUCCAAAAGGACGCUUUGCUUCCUCAUAUCUGAUGACGAUUCCAUUUUCUGCAACAUAGAACUGAUCCAUGGUGGUUCGCUACAUUCUCCAUCGACCGACCACGAUGAGAAAACUCCAACUGCAUCUUUCCCUUCACCAUCUGCAACCGCGGGGCUCAGCGAUGGUUCAUUGUUCCACAAUUACGUUCCCGGCAAACAAAAUGUUCGACAAUAUGACUCCGGAAGCUCACCCUCCUUGGAACCACAUUCUCUUCGAAUACUCUCGGCGAAAUCUGUUUCAAGAAGUGCUGAGUCUCUUCUUCCACAUGCGUAGGUCGGAUGUUUCUCCUGAUUCGUUGUGUCUCUCUUCUGUAUUGAAGGCAUGCUCGAGUCUGUCGGACCCCAUUGCCGGUGGCCAAGUGCACAGUUACUGCGUGAAGUCCGGGCAUGAUUCUGGUGUGAGCGUGGGCACUGCACUUGUGGACAUGUAUAUGAAAUGUGGGAGUGUAAAUGAUGCGCAACAGGCAUUUCAUGAUAUGCCCGAAACGAACGUGGUGACAUGGACGACGUUGCUUGCUGGAUACGUUCAGAAUGGCUGUCCAGAAAUAGCGUUGGAAUUCUUCAUUCGAAUGCAUGAGGAGGACUUGAAGCCCAAUCAUUUCACCUUUGCAACUGUCUUAGCGGCUUGCGCAGACCUUGGUGCAGUGCAAGCUGGGAGUAACAUACAUUCCCUGGUACUGAAACUUGGGUUCAGUACGACUCUGUUUGUGGGCAACUCUUUGCUGAACAUGUACUCAAAAUGUGGUCUAAUUUCUGCAGCACAAAUGGUUUUUGAUGGACUGUCGAACAGGAGUUCUAUUUCUUGGAAUGCUAUGCUCACUGGACUCGUACAGAAUGGGUUUCAUGCGGAAGCUCUGGAGAUUUUCCAUCAGAUGAGAAUGGACGGUGUACAGCUCACUCAGGCAACAUUCACAACGCUCAUAAAAGCUUGCGCUGACAACAGAGAAUUAGGUUUCACAAGACAGCUGCAUUCAUGUGCACUUAAAACUGGAUUUGCUUCAGAUACCAGCACUUUAACUGGACUCGUGAUUGCUUAUGCAAAGUGCAAGCAAAUGGAGGUUGCCCAUGGAUUGUUCUCCCUGGUGCCUGAAGUACAAACUGUGGUUUCAUGGACUGCAAUGGUUGGUGGCUAUUUGGAAAAUGGCAUGACUGAGCAAGCACUACAUGGCUUCAGAAAGAUGUGGAGAGAAGAUAUCAAGCCAAAUGAGUUCACAUUCUCCACGAUUCUUACUGCUGCCCCUCUUUUGACACCUUCUCAGUUUCAUGCGCAAGCCAUCAAAGCCGGUUAUGAGAGCUCGCCAAAAGUGGGGACUGCGUUAUUGACUGCGUAUGUUAAGCUAAGUUGCAUGGAGGAGGCAGCAAAAAUUUUCAGUUUAAUGGAUGAAAAGGAUACAGUUUCUUGGUCAGCAAUGAUUACGGGUUAUGCACAAAUAGGGGAUUCAGAAGGUGCUGCAAGGCUUUUCCGCAGAAUGACCCAACAAGGAGUAGAACCAAAUGAGUUCACGUUUUCCGGCGUGCUUAAUGCAUGUAGCAGCCCAACUGCAGCAGUGGAACAGGGGAAACAGCUUCAUGGACUUGUGAUCAAAUCCUGCCUUGAUAAUGCCAUUUGCGUGAGCAGUGCCUUAGUUACCAUGUAUGCAAGACGUGGGGACAUUGACCAUGCCUACAAGUUGUUCGUGAGGCAAACUGAAAGGGACAUAGUUUCGUGGAAUUCAAUGAUUUCAUGUUAUGCUCAACAUGGCCGCGGUAAGAAAGCCCUUGAGGUCUUCUCUGAAUUAGAGAAUGAAGGCUUGCAGUUGGAUGGAAUCACCUUUGUUGGCGUCCUCACUGCAUGUAAUCAUGCAGGUCUUGUAGACGAAGGCUGUCGUUAUUUCAAGUCCAUGACUAGCAUCUACCAUGUCCAUCCAACAAUGGAACAUUAUGCUUGCAUGGUCGACCUGUACAGUCGAGCAGGUCAACUUGAAAGUGCCAUGAAUCUUAUAAAUGAAAUGCCUUUCCCAGCAGGUCCUACUGUUUGGCGGACACUCUUAGGCGGCUGCAGAAUACAUCGUAAUCUGAAACUAGGAGAACUAGCAGCCGAUAAACUCAUGUCACUUGAGCCUCAUGACUCGGCCGCAUAUGUCCUGUUAUCGAACAUGUAUGCUGCAGCAGGAAGAUGGGAAGAAAGAGCCAAGGUCAGAUGUCUAAUGGAAGAGAGAGCAGUUAAGAAAGAGGUAGGUUAUAGCUGGAUCGAGGUGCAACAUCAGAUCCAUGCAUUCACAGCCUCUGAAAGAUUUCAUCCCAUGAAAGAUCAGAUAUAUAAGAAGCUAGAUGAACUUGGUUCUCAGUUAAAGCGUGAAGGAUAUUGUCCUGAUACAAAUUUCGUACUUCAUGAUCUAGAAGAUGAACAAAAGGAGCAAAUUUUGGCUCACCACAGUGAAAGACUUGCGAUAGCGUUCGGACUUAUAAGCACCCCCCUAGAAACUCCUCUACAAAUCGUUAAAAAUCUUCGGGUAUGUGGUGACUGCCACACUGUUAUCAAGAUGAUAUCAAGGAUAACUGGCAGAAAAAUUACAUUGAGGGACUGGAACCGCUUUCACCAUUUCAGUGAUGGCUCCUGCUCCUGUGGAGAUUACUGGUAAUCACACUAUCAAGUGGUUGAGAACCAGAUCAACUGCAUUGCAAACUGCAUUGCAAGGUUCCAGCAACGAGAAGGUGACCGCAAUUAGCAACAAGAAUGGUUAGAACUUGCUUCCUUGCACUGAAAAAGAACGAUUAUUGUAAGUGGGUCAAAAGCCUCGUUGAUGAGGUCAAGACAAGCUGAAUUCCUUAUCAAAGACUGCAUUGCAGAGCAAGGUUUCCACGAUCCACUGUAAACAAAUGGAAAGACCUAUAGAUUGUCUUUGAAAAUUCUGCAUCAAAUGGAAGUUGAGGGCAAGCCUCAAGGAGCAUAGCACAACCAAGUGUAAGGUAGCUCACACUAGAGGGGUCUGAGGUUUGAAGACCGUCAACACUGUCAUGGUCUAGUGUAAAGCUUAUGAGCUGCAAACAAUGGCAAGCAUAACACCAGAAUUGAAGCAUGUACCAUAGGUCUACCCAGCCCCCGUAAACAAACCAGAACUUUGGAUGCAUGAUGGUGGCUUUGGGGUUUUUAUGUGGAAGGAAGUUUCCUAUAAGUAAACAUUUAAAAAUGUAUACAAAAGUUGAGUGCA